AUGGACUUCGCUCCAUAUCAAUCGUCUCCCCGGAGACCGGCCGGCCCUCCUUCUCCCCGUAAGCGAGCAGCGCUCGCCCCGCGGUCCUACCCCUCCGCCGAUGCAUACAGGGAAGGCGUGAGCGAGUUCGACACGAGUCUGGGCAUCCGUCUCGACUAUGAAGCUGCUCUUGCGAACAGCGAUUACGUGAGAUUCCACGCUUGGCAGGCCGCCCUAAUCUUUACGGCAAUUCUCAUCUUCCACAUUGUCUUCUCCUGGUCGAGCUUCCUGAGCUGGGUCUUCUUCCUCGCCGAUCUCGCGCUGAUGGCAUUCCUUGCUCUCCGAGCAUAUCAAGAUGCGGACACGUUAGAUAGGUACGAAGUACCAUUCUUUGGUCAAAUCGCUGGCAGAUUCCUCGAUGACGAAUGA